AUGGAAAUCUCUCUCAACACAACCUUAAAGGUACCAAAAUGUUCAAAUUGUCAGGUUAACAAAGAAUACUACUGCAAAACGUGUAAAGGAAAUCUAUGCGUUCUUUGUAAAGAAAAACAUGUGACCGACCUCGAUGGCAAAUACCAUGAUGUAGUGAUUGACUGCUUAAGAAAUGAGGACUUUAUGAUACCGGAGUCUUGCGAGAGACACUCAGACAGAAACUACAAAUACUUGUGUCAAUCGUGUGAACAUCCAAUUUGUGAGAAAUGUAAUGAUCAUCAUCACAGACAUAAAAUAUUGGACAUUACAAUUGCUUAUAAAACUCAAAGACAACAAAGCUGGAACAGAUUUGUUGAUAUCAGGAGCGAACUGCUACUGUACAACCAUGCCAUCAUGGCUGAAAUAAAAUCUGAUUAUGGUAAGUGUCAAUCAGCUCUGACUCAACUCCAGUUAAAAAUGACAUCACAAGCUCAGACGCAAAAGACUCUGAUAGACAUAGCGGUAAAAGAUACCAAAGAAAUAUUCAUUUACUUGAAUUCGAAAUUUCAAAAAUCAAGACGAACAAUCAAAGGUAUAGAGACAUAUGUUUUCGGUUUUGAACAGUCAACUAAUAAACCAGUUCAAUUUUUAUCAUUUAUAAAAAGGAAAUUCAUUCCCAGGAUGAAGGGCAUUCCAAAAACCCUUGUUAUUUCCUUACAAAAUGAAAUGAACUUAAAGGAAAUGAGUAGAUUACUAGGAAAAGUCCACUUUAUUGAGACCAGAAAAAGACGGGUGGAAAAUGACCGACUUCUGAGACUUGUGACUAGACCAGUAUUACAUAAUACUAUCACUAUUCCAUGCACCAGCUGCAGAAUUAGUAUUUCUUUUGUGACGUCAGACCGGAUCUGGGUAAGUGGUUAUGGCACGAAUCUUUUCUUGGUCGACUCUACUGGUAGCAUUUUACACCAUCGGACAGAUGUACAAAAUGCCUCUUGUUGUUCCCAGACAGUGAGCCCAAGUGGAGAACUAAUUUAUAUAGACUUGGAUUUUAAUAUCACCAAACUUUGUAAGGACAACGAAACAAAAAUUAUAUUUAUGAACAUAUUUGAAGUAGAGAAACCAUGGAAUAUUUACUGCUCUUCAGCCUCCGGAAAUCUGCUUGUCCUGAUGAAAAGUUGUGAUCAUUUAUAUUUCAAAUGUGAAGAAGCUUUUAUAAUGGUAUUUAAUAGAUUUGAGCAACUGGUCAGAGUCAUCAUGUUUGAUAUUGUCAGUGGUCAGAAACUUUAUAAUAAUCCUGAGCUUAUCACAGAGAAUCAAAACGGAGAUGCUAUUGUUUCUGACCAGAUUUACGGGAAUUAUUAUGAAUAUUCAUAUUUAGUUGUGACAGACCGCAAAGGAAAUUAUCGCUUCAGUUACUACGGACCAACAAUUGACUCCCAACUAAGUGUGGAGCCUUGGGGAAUAUGCACAGAUUCGCUAUCAAACAUCCUGAUAGCGAUUCCAUAA